AUGACGACUGCAAGACAGGUUACUGCAAAUCAACUGUCUUCCUGGUUAGCGGCCCAGGAAACCAAGGCUCAUGAUGAUUUUAUCAUUGUAGAUGUUCGAGAACGACAUGAAAUUGAAGAGCAUGGCAAGAUUAAAGGCGCAUUGAAUGUGCCAUUCAAACUGGAUCCAGUCAUGUUUGCUGCUGGCCUGUCUGAUUUGAACAAGCAUGGCAAGAUCGUAUUCCAAUGCAUGUCGGGACGCCGUAGUGAUGAAGCAGCUAUCAUUGCCCAGAAACUUGGAUUUGAAGAUGUGUACAGUUUGCAUGGAGGUCUCAAGGGAUGGGAAGGCCCUGUCCAACCCUUUAUGAACAACCAUUCUCCCUGGGUCCAUACACUGUUUGAUGCAGAGACAGAAACAGCUCAAUAUGUGGUAACAGAUUUAGAAACCAAGGAAGCCUUCAUUGUGGAUCCCGUAUUAAACUAUGAUCCGUUUUCAUCCACAGUUCACCCUUUAUUGGCAAAGACAUUGAUGCAGUUCAUAGAAAAGUACGAACUGAAUGUUUCAAAAAUUAUCGACACCCACGUCCAUGCGGACCAUUUGUCUGCUGCUCAAUAUCUGAAAGCUGAACUGCCUUCCAAGCCUGAAUUCUGGAUGGGCAAGGAUGUAACUCAAGUGCAACAAGUAUUCGGUGAAAAGUACAACCUGACUCGGGAUGAACUGAAGCCUACUGGUGAGCAAUUUGACAAGCUAAUCUCUGAGGGUAUUCAAUGGACUUUGGGCAAGAACAUCCAAUGCAGCGUCCUGGCCACACCUGGCCAUACACCUGCGUGUAUGUCGUAUCGUAUUGGUGAUGCUGCAUUCGUGGGCGAUACUUUAUUUAUGCCUGAUAUAGGAACUGCGCGUUGUGAUUUCCCAGGAGGCAGUGCUAAGACAAUGUAUCGUAGCAUCCACAAGAUGUAUGCUAGCUGGCCUGAUGAUACAAGAAUCUACGUUGGUCAUGAUUACCCACCUGCAGACCGCCCAUACCGUGUGGUCGCUAGCCUCGAAAAGCACAAAAAGUUCAACAAGAUGAUCAAUGAAUCUGUUUCUCUGGAAGAAUAUCAGAAAUUGCGUCAAGAAAGAGACUCCAAAUUGAAGGCACCACGAUAUAUCCAUCCUUCCAUUCAAACCAACUUGCGAGGCGGUGCAUUGCCAGCACCCGAAUUGUCUGUACAUGACAAGAAGACGCUGCAACAAUUCUUCAAGAUUCCUGUACGAUGGAAGUCCUCCUGA